AUGCCUACCAAUCUCCACGCUAUUCGGGAGAAGUGGAUACAACGGGCUCUUCAAAGCAAAGAAGAAAUUAAGGGUGUCGGAAACAAUUUGAGGCUGGUGGGCAUACCUCCGCCUCAUGCUCAAGACAUCCUCGUAAAGGUCGGCAUUUUGGUGCAGGAAAUGCCCGUCAAGGAGUGCUUGGCCCACGACAUCGGGACGGGCUAG